GCCUGACGAAGAAAAGCGGCAAGCCCGAAGAACCGGCACUGAGAUCAGGGAUGGUGAUACCGAUAUAUACUGUGUCAUCAUCAUCACUAACGGACAAAUGUAUCGAAAUCCAGAAGUAGAUAAAGAAACUAAACCGGAUACGGUCUAUUGCGCGUUUGUUUUUAGUUUUUUUUUUUCAUUAAAGGUCGGGAGGUAUCGCUUCCAAAUCGAAAGAGAUGCGAGCAUCUUUCAUUAUCUACAUGGAGAACAACUAAGACGAGAGGUAUCCACAGAUGAUGAGCUAUCCCUGUGCGUAAAAUGGCAAGCGUGCUAUCUGGCUGAAACUGAACGGAUAUAUACCCUACUGCAUAGCGACAUAGUCGUGCUGCCUGCCUCUGUGUCUAUUCCUGCGCGGGAGUUGUGUGGAACAUGUACUGGAGGAGAGUGGUGAUCAGCGCACCGAAUUACUGUAUCCGCGCACAGCAGUCAGAGAGAGGGGGCGAAUAGAAAGCUGCUGGUGAGCCUGCGGUGACCGAGUCACGGACGCGGGCUGAAGUGGUAGUGGGAAUGCCAGCACUUCAAACGAUGGGGGUUUAACAGCCCCGCUUCAUACUGAGGCACCAAACACUUAAAUUUUGACCCAGCACUGAGUCCUUUUCCACGGCCAUGAUCAUAUAUGUUUCCCCUUCAGCUGACGGAUUGACUAGUAUUUUUAUUCGCCCCAGCUAUUUCUAAAGGGGGAUUUAUUUUGUGCAUUCCACACGUGUUGUAGACUGUUUUCUCUUAUUGUUGGGGGGUGAGAAGCAUUGCGCUGGAUGGGAGCAGAAUGGAAGGCUGUGUGUGUCUCUGAAGACUGCUGGCCUCUCUCCUCGGGUGUUAAUAAGCCGUCGCCACUCGCCAGCCAGGAUGCAGCUUCUUAGAGUUGCGUGGGCUUUAGCGGGAGCGGCAAUCUGUUGUUUUGUUAUUCUUCUUAUCCACUCACGCUUGCUCAAAGAAGGUCAACUGGCAGCGGGAACAUGUGAGAUUGUGAUGCUGGACAGGGACAGCAGUCAGCCCAGACGGACCAUCGCCAGACAGACUGCACGGUGCGCCUGUAAGAAGGGACAGAUCGCUGGGACGACAAGAGCCAUGCCAGCCUGUGUGGACGCGAGUAUCGUCCGGACGAAACAGUGGUGUGAGAUGGUCCCAUGUUUGGAAGAUGAGGGCUGUGACCUGUUAAUCAAUAAAUCUGGAUGGACUUGUACACAACCAGGAGGCAGAGUCAAAACCACUACGGCUCUAUGACGUGACUGGAGUCCCCACCAUCCACCACCACCGGUCCAUGAACAUGAACAACCAAUUCUAAACCAUGCUGGGCAUUAUCCACAAAGCAAGGUCUCUUAAACACAGUCAACCACGGCCAAUACUGGAGGGUUUGAGGGAACUUUGGGGAAGUCGAGAGCGAAGUCUCAUCUUUGACUCUGGAGAAGUUUCCUGUGCCCUGACUCCUUGCUCUACCCGUCUGCGGCUCCGACCAACCAAUGACCAUCCGCUGUAGAUAACCCACUGUCUGUCAUUGGAUCAACAUGUCCUGUCUGCUUGCUCCUAUUACUGUCCAUCUGCUUUGUAAAUGAGCAGAAUCCUCUAGUGCCACAGAGGUCAGGUGUCCGGCAGCGCCUUGUCCAGAGAGGGAGAGAGUGGUAACUAUGGAGCCAUUUUGGAUCAACUACUGUACAGUUCAGCUAAUGUCUGCUAAUUUUCAGUGGACAGAGGACUCCCACUACUUCAACCUCACCUGCUUCUGUUAGACUGUAAUGGGACAGAGUUACGUGUCCCAAAGAACAGGAUUAUUGUGAACCAGGCCCGAGGCUCUCUGAUGUGUCUGACCUAACGCCAGACUAUGGACUGGACCAAACGUUGGACUGGAUCUAUCCAGACUAUGGACCAGACUGGACCAGAUCCUACUGCUCGCCUUGUGCUCUGCUGUGAAUAGAACUUCUGCUGGAGUAGUACAACUUUGGCACUCUCCAUAUUUUUAUAGACCAAAGAGGAAAAAAUAAUAGUUUAUUGUAAGACUAGAUGGACCAGAUUGGGAAAGAGAAAUGGAUACUUGUUUUUCUCGCUACACCACGAUGACUGCCCUCAUAGCUGUAGAUGUUGGGCUUUAUGUAAUUUCGAACAUAGACUAUAGUCUAGUGGGACACGUAUACAAUCAAAGGAGUUACCUGUAAAAACAUUUUUUUCUCUGACUAAACCCACCACUGUAUUUUGAAACUGGAGAUAUAGGUAAACAUAUCUGUGUAUAAAAAAAGUCUGAUUUGCAUUUUUCAUUAGCUACAAAUUGGGACACAUUGCAAUAAGCAUGGUUGGUAAAACGGUAAAAGAGUAAAACUACUGAUCAUCAUUGAGGCAAAAAAGAGAAUAUUGAAACUGUCAUUUCUCAUUGCGGCUGGUGGGCGGGGAAAUGGAAAAUGUCAUUAAAUGUAUUUUGAAAGGCCUAAAACGUAUAUAUUUAACAGUUUUAUAUGUUGUACCUUUGUAGAGAACCUUAUUCGACAUGAAUAAUCUGGUCACAAAAUGGCAGCCAUAGAACGUGAAAAACAAGCUCUCUGAUGCUGGUUUGUCCUGCUCUUUUUCUGUUCUCAUGCUUCUCUAGCUUCUCUCCUCAUACCUCUAAUCUCCCAAUCUAUCAAUCACAGAUAAAGGAAAGAAAUGCACUUGAGUUCACUCAGAAUAUGUUUUAAAUAUUUAAUGGUAAUAUUUUACAGAUGUCUGUGAGAGUCUUGCUGUGUAUGGUUUUAAUAUGGUUAACAACUGACACAGCAUAUACAAUCUGACUGAACCCUCAAUGCUGUUUCCCUUUAUCUGCAAUUGAUUGAAUUCCGGCAUGAGUCACUAUCUAUCAAAAACAUGAAAAAUGACAUUACAACAUGAAUUGAGCUAAUCACAGACAGAGAUUUUGUGACUUUAGUCAAUGAGCAGCCUUAGGAACCUGCUGAUUACGGCAGUAUUGCAUUGUAAAAGGUGUGGAAUACUGACUCAUUUCUCUAUAAUGUCUAACUUUAUUUUUCUGCUUGUGUUUGUCGCACAAUGCUGAGCUCCAGUCCUGAGUGACGAAAAUGAUGAUGACACGUGAAGAAGGGAGGCAAAAGUUUUAGAAUAAUUUAGCUACUUUUUUUUAUCCUUAAAUAUUUUAAGAAUAUAUACAUGAAAUAACCAUCACUAGCUAAUAUAGACGCUUUGAUAUUCAAAGUCAUCCAAUUUAUUCAAGUAAGAUUUAUCAUAUCUUAUUUUGUAUUACGUUUAUUUAAUUGUUCUUUCCUAUAUGCCAAAAACUUACAGCCUGAAAUUGUUUUUAUUUUCUUCUAGACCAUCUACUUUACAGUGUCUAAUUGUCCACAUGUAAGUUCCUCAUACAUAUCUAAUAGGUAAACACCUGAUAUACAUAAGUAAACCAAAUCAAAUUAUUUAUAGACAGUCUCACUGGGAUUUGAUUACAAUAACAUAUGAAUAUGAAUGUAUUGAUGCAGAUUUGAUAAAGGCAUUUGCUCAGUGACAGUUAGGACCGAAAUAGUAGAAGUUGACUGACUGUGUGUAUGCUGCUGGCUGUAUGUAUUAUGGUGGAAGGGAUUCCAUAGUUAUACAAGAAUAUACAGUACAUAUGCAGAAUAGUACACCUGGUCAAUAUUUAAUGACCUACAAGAUUAUGAUGUUGAAGAUCUUACAAAGGGUUACCCUGCAAAGGGCUAUGGAUCUAAUGCAAGUGAAAACACAUCAAAAGAGAUAUCAGUACCCUGGUCAGCACCACAUAACCAAACACCCACUACAUUAGAUGGUGCUGUCCAAGGUGCUCUGAUUCCAUGAAAGACACAAAUCCAAGCCUUCACAGAGGCUUCAAAGGUCUUGUGUUGGGCUCUGAGUGAAGGCCUACACCUUCCAGAUUAACCCCCAACUUGUCCGGAUUCACAUCUGUUCAGAUCCAGAUGCUGAACUUCUCUUAUCCACACUUGGUUCUCUGCUGUUCAGUCCAACUGACUGACUUUCAUUAACUGACUGACUGGGACCAGUCUGACUAGCUGGCUGGCUGACUGAUGUUCCUUCCUAAUCCUGACUGCCUGGAUCAGCCUGUUCCACCAACUCCAGCUGGAGAUUAAUACAGCUGUUGUUGACAAAGAAGUUUUCUAAAGAAACUAAUGAGAAGUGACUUUCCUGAAAGGAUCUGUGUGUUUUUAAUUUGUGUGUGAUGUGUGAUGUCCCCGUGUAUCCUGCAAUUGUCAAGACGGUUAUAAAUAUUUAAUUACAUCUGA